CGCGCCGCGCGUGGCCGGAUGCGCGAGGCGUUCGGGGCCGCCGCGCGUGCGUAGGCGACAUGGUGGGAGACGACCAGGUGGACGUGAUGCAGCUCGCCCACCUCGCCGCCGCCGCCUCGAGCUCGGCGUCGUCCACGGCCUACGCGGUGGAUGCCGUCGUCACGGAGGCCGUGCUCUUCUUCGCCAUCAUGCGGUCCCACGUCCCAGCCGCCGCCCUUGGUCAGGCCGCGGCGCCAACCGCCUUUACGUCCAGAUCGUUUUCGACGCGGUGGGUUGUUUGCGCGGCGCUUGUCCCCAUCUUCGGGACUGGGGACUCGGUUGAUCACAAUCCCUGCGAGGGCGGCAACUACACGAACCUCAUGUUUGACUUCGACCUCGACAAGGACAUUGGUUUCGACAACGAUUUCGGCUUCUACAAACACCCUCUCUGA